AUGAAAAUUAACUCUCUCUUACUAUUUGCACUUCCAGUAGCCCUUGCUGAUUGGCAGUUCAAAUCCCGUCCUGACUUAUCUCCUCCUAGAUUGAACAUCACAAUCAAGGCUACUGAAGAGGUAGAAGAUGGAUAUUUGUUUUUGGCUCCCUUCAGUGGAUUUCCAGAUGUGGGUAACUCACAUGGUCCUCGUCAAGCUGCACCAUAUAUUUUUACUAAUGAUGGAGAUUUAGUUUGGUCAGGGUUUUCUUACUUUUCUAUUUGGGCUACAAACUUUCAAAAAGGUCGCGUAAAUGGUUCAGAUGUUCUAUUUCUGUUCGAAGGCUCGCAUAAUCCGGGAUACGGUCAUGGUCAUGGCCAUAUUACAUUCUUAGAUCAGAAUUAUGAGACUAUUAAGGAAUUGCGUGCUGGGAAUCAUCGGAUAUUGGAUAAACAUGAGUUUCAUAUUGUAAACGAAACUUCAGGAUUGAUUCAGAUUUAUCACCCAACCCCUCGUGAUUUGAGCGAUUUUGGAGCCAAACCCGAUCAACAAUGGAUUGUUGAUUCGAAGUUCCAAGAAUUGGAUAUUGAAACAGGAAAAGUCCUUUUUGAAUGGUCUUCAUUGGACCAUGUUUCUCCUAACGAAUCUGUAUUGUCCGUUUCUGAGGGACAUGCUGGAGCUGGCUAUAAUUCAAGUGAUGCAUGGGACUACUUUCAUAUUAACUCUGUGGAUAAAGAUGAAGCUGGUGAUUACCUUUUAUCGGCAAGAAAUGCUGCUGCGUUGUAUAAAAUUGAUGGAACCACUGGAGAAGUUAUUUGGAAAUUAGGUGGACUCCCAGGAGUUUCUUCUACAGAUUUUGAAAGUGGAAGAAACUUGACUUUCCUGUUUCAGCACCAUGCAAGAUUCAUUGAGGUGAAUAAGGAUAGUGCAGUCAUUUCGUUUUACGACAACUCUGCCCAAGGAAGUGAAGAUAAGAAUGGUAAAGUUGUUUCAUACAGUCCAUACUCAAGUGGUAAAAUUAUUGAAGUAAAUACAAAAACCUGGGAAGCUAAGUUAUUGUUCAACGCUAUUCCACCUCUUGGAUACAAUCUUUUGUCUAAAUCACAAGGAUCCACACAGGUAUUGCCUUCAGGAAAUGUACUUGUAGGUUGGGGAUCUGAAGGUGCCCUCACUGAGUACAAUUCAAAGGCUGAAGCUAUUUUCCAUGCUUUCGUGGAUUCAGGAGACCUUGGAGUUGCAGCUGAGAAUUACCGGGCUUUCAAAUUUAAUUGGGUGGGUAUCCCAAAUGAGAGUAUUGCAGUCUAUAGUGAGUUUUCCAGAGGUAGAGAUACUUCAGUUUAUGUCAGCUGGAAUGGUGAUACCGAAACUAAGCUCUGGAAAUUCUUCACUAAAGAUGCAGCUGGGCAAGAAACAUUUAUUGGUAAGGCGGAUAAAGACGGGUUUGAAACUAAGCUUACUAUUGAAGGAGAGCAAAUUAAACGAGUAUUUGCUAAGAGCUACGAUAUUAAUGGAAAAGAGUUAGGAAGUUCUGAGUUAGUAGAUACUAUUGAAGAAUUCAUUCCUUAUUCUGAAAACAAUAUCCAAUUUGGAAGAAAAGAAUUAUUUGGUCAGAACUUCUUUUCUAGCUUGUUUUCGUAUUUUUGA